GGGUCGGGUCAAAGAUCAGGAUUAACCUAUUCAGUAGUCUUUCCCCAAAACCUAGGGCCAUAGUCGAAGAACUUGAAGGCAGUUUGAGAGCGCAAGAGAGAUGGCAGGAGGAGGGUAUGGGCAAGGAACUUACAAAGGUGUCAAUUUGCAUCAGCCUAAGCGAUGGCAUACAGUCACUGGAAAGGGCAUGUGCGCCAUGAUGUGGUUUUGGAUUCUAUAUCGGGCUAAGCAAGAUGGCCCUGUAGUUCUGGGAUGGAGGCAUCCUUGGGAAGGGCAUGGACAUGGUCAUGGAGAUGAACAUUAGGUGUCUCGGAUGAGUGAAAGAGAGUACAAAACUUAUCCAAGAUUCAAUGCUUUUGUGUAUCAAAUAAACGGAUUUUAUGGAACAUGUGAACAAUUUCAUAUAUUAUCUCCAACUCUGUUGUUGAAUUUCCUUUGUUUUUUUUUGUUGCUUUUUAUUCAAUGAUUCCUUAGCUUGUUUUUAACUUUAUUUGACUACAAGCUUUUGAACAUUUGUUACCAAAAAAACCACCAAUUUAGUAAAAUUUGUUUUGUGA